AUGUUUUUACGAACGGCAGAGGCGUGUCGUAGGGGGAUUCUCCAGAGAACUACGCGUCGUUUAUUAGAAAAGGAAAAAGAGGAUCUACGCAGCGGACAAAAUCGGGAAUCAAAAGAUGGACCGAUGGACGCUACCCGCGACCGAAACGUAAAGCGAGAUGAACCAAUAGACGAGAUUCUACAAAGAAGAGUCCAAGCAGAAGGAUUAAAAGUCCAUCAAUGUAGUAAAGGAACUUUUAUCCUUCGUAAUAACGGCCUUUUAAAAAAGACAAUAUCUAUAAAGUUUAAUGGUACUUAUCAGCAUAUGAUUAUUUAUGAGGAUGGAAAAGAAAGCGAGAAACAGUUAUUACCGCCACAAGCAUUCCAAGAACUCCGACCCCUUCAGCCGGGAGAAGACAUCGUCAAAGCAGAAAAAAUGCCAAAAGUCAAUCGAAAUUCAAAAAAAGCGAAGAAAAAAAGACGUAUAUCAAAGCCACUUCCAUACGGACAUCUUUUCUAUCCUCAAAACGCAACAGAUUCCGUCUUGUUAUGGAACCGCCACCAAGACGAUUACGAAAGUGCUGAGCAUGAUUAUAUCGAUCAAAAUUACAGUGCUGGAAACCACAACUCUAUCGCGCCACAAUCAUCUUCAACCUCCAGUUCAACGAUUAAAGGUUAUGAUCCUUACAAUCCUGUAUCACACAUGAUUUCAAACGCGGCCACCAAGCUCUCCAGUCCAAUAUUAUUUAAUCCAUGGUCAUCUCUGCCUGCAACUCGGAUUACUACUCAAAUGCAUAUGUUUAGCAGUUCUUUAGCUAAUCAUUCACCAUUAUUUUAUCCUUCUCCAAACAUCUCGGGAAAUCAGCAAAAUCAUAUGCUACACGAUCAAAAUUUUCCGUUUAUUUCUCAUGAACUCCAGUUCCUUAAUAACAGUGAUACGGAAAUUGCUAACAACGAAAACUUAGUUAAUAAUAUGUACUAUCAUUAUUCCACGCAAGAUAAUGAUAUUAACAAUGGGGUUGGACUGAAUAAUAGUCAGAAUUCGUGUGAAAUUACUACAUGGGAUCAAUCGACUAAUGAUAUCACGGAUUCUAAAAAUGAUUCAUAA